GGCAAUGUUCACAUUCAUGACGUGUCAUGGCUGAAAAAUUUUGGUGUGAUAUAAAAAAAUCCUGAUAGCCAAGGUUAAUUGUCAUUGAGCCGUGUUCGUUAAUUGCCAUCUGAACAACAAUCCGACAAUUCAUAACGAUAUUAACAGUUUAAAUAAUUUAAUUUAAAUAAUUAUAUGUUUGAUUAAAGUUGUAAAAAAAUAAACACUAAGUGGUUUAAAAAAUUGUGAUAAUGGCGUCAAAAUUGACGAUAUUAAUUGUCAUAUUAUGCGUAAUUAAUGAAGGAUGGAGUUUUUAUUUGCCUGGUCUUGCACCUGUCAAUUUUUGUCGUGUUGGUGAUGACACCAAAACAUGCAAGUCAGAAAUAAAGCUCUUUGUAAAUAGGCUGAAUUCAGAUGAAUCUGUCAUUCCAUUCGAGUAUUAUCACUUUGACUUUUGUAUGAGUGAAGAUAAAGAAUCACCAGUUGAAAAUUUGGGACAAGUUGUAUUUGGUGAAAGAAUACGUCCAUCACCAUAUAAACUUGAAUUUUUAAAAGAGGAUUAUUGUCGUAAAACAUGUACAAAAACAUAUGUUGGUGGUGAUGAACAAUCUGAAAUGAAAUUAAAUCGUUUAAAAGAAGGUAUGGAAAAAAAUUAUCAGCAUCAUUGGAUUGUUGAUAAUAUGCCAGUAACAUGGUGCUACAGAUCAGAUGAAAGACAAUAUCGUACAACAAGAUUUCCAAUGGGUUGUUUUUCAAAAAAUAAUGGACAAUUACCAUACAGUACAUGUGGUGUUAAUAGUGCAUAUAAUAAAGAUAAUACAUACUAUCUUGUUAAUCAUGUUGAUAUAACAAUAACAUAUCACAGUGGUGAAAAAGAAGAAUGGGGUUCUAGUUUUGGUAAUAAAGGUGGAAGAAUAAUUGCCGUUGAAGCUGUACCAAGAAGUAUUAAUCAUAGAUCACCUGAUCAUCCUGAUUGUUCAAUAAAAGCACCACCACUUGAAAUACCAGCUGAUAAAUUAAAACCAAAUGAAAAAUUAGAUAUCACAUAUACUUAUUCAAUUCAUUUUAAGAUGAAUAAUACAAUCAAGUGGUCAUCAAGAUGGGACUAUAUUCUCGAUUCGAUGCCACAUACCAGUAUCCAGUGGUUUAGCAUUUUGAACUCAUUGGUGAUUGUUUUAUUUUUAUCUGGUAUGGUUGCUAUGAUUAUGCUACGAACAUUACACAAGGAUAUUGCUCGAUACAAUCAGGCUUAUUUUCAGAUUGAAUCUGGUGAAGAUGCACAAGAAGAAUUUGGAUGGAAACUUGUUCAUGGUGAUGUUUUUAGACCACCAAGAAAAGGAAUGUUGUUAUCAGUAUUUCUUGGUUCUGGUAUUCAAGUAUUUUUCAUGACUCUUGUAACACUUGCUUUUGCUUGCCUGGGAUUUUUAUCACCGGCUAAUAGAGGAGCACUUAUGACAUGUGCAAUGGUUUUGUAUGUGUGCCUUGGUACACCAGCUGGAUAUGUCUCUGCAAGAAUUUACAAAAGUUUUGGUGGUGAAAAAUGGAAAUCAAAUGUUUUACUAACAGCAAUGCUAAGUCCUGGAAUUGUCUUCAGUUUAUUUUUUGCUCUUAAUUUAAUAUUCUGGAGUAAAGAAAGUUCAGCAGCAGUACCAUUCAGCACAUUGAUUGCUCUUUUGGCAUUGUGGUUUGGUGUCUCAGUUCCUCUUACAUUUAUUGGUGCUUAUUUUGGUUUUAGAAAACGCGCACUUGAACAUCCAGUAAGAACAAAUCAAAUUCCACGACAAAUACCAGAGCAAAGUUUUUAUACUCAAUCAAUACCAGGUGUUGUUAUGGGUGGUGUUUUACCAUUUGGCUGUGUAUUUAUACAAUUAUUUUUCAUUUUAAAUUCACUAUGGUCUAGUCAAAUGUAUUACAUGUUUGGAUUUUUAUUCCUUGUAUUUUUAAUUCUUGUUCUUACUUGCUCCGAGACGACAAUACUUUUGUGCUAUUUCCAUCUGUGUGCAGAGGAUUAUCACUGGUGGUGGCGUAGUUUCUUGACCUCAGGCUUUACAGCUGUUUAUCUUUUGAUUUAUUGCGUUCACUUUUUCUUUACAAAACUCGAGAUUGAAGACACAGCAUCAACAAUUUUAUACUUUGGUUAUACACUUAUCAUGGUAUUUUUGUUCUUCCUACUAACAGGUUCAAUUGGAUUCUUUGCUUGUUUCUGGUUUGUCAGAAAAAUUUACAGUGUUGUUAAGGUUGAUUAAAUUAAAAAUAAAUAAAAAGUGAUGCAGUGAAAUGUGAGUAAUGUGUCAUCAAUAUGAGAAUAUAUUUAUCAAGAAUCAUUGUCUACUUGUACGAGAUCAAAGUAUUUAAUCAACAGUAUUAUACAUCAAUAAAUUAAUAAUAAUUAUUGUUGUUUUGAUACUGAAAACUCGUGCUAGAUGAUUGUCAAUCGGCAACAACUUAAUGAAAAAAAAAAAUUACAUAUAAAUAAUAAAGAAACAAUUGACAUUGUUGAUUAUCAAGUGAUAAAUAACUAAAAAUCAAAGGGUGUGAUUCAAAAAAAAAAUAAUAUUUCUCAUCGAUAUUUAAUAAUAAUAUUUGAAUAUAUUUAUUGAUAUGUUCACGAAUGCAUGUGUGUUUAAUAAAAAAAAUAAAUUGUACAAAUUGGCCAUUAAAAAUUUGAAUGGUUGACUUAAAAUAAUACUUUUUUUUUUUUUUUUUUUAAUUUUAAAACCGUGUUAUUACUGAUAAUAUUAUUAUUUGACUUAUUUUUUUUUUCUUUUUGUUUUAUUAUUGCAAUAAAAAUAGACUGUAAAAAAAAAUAUAUAAAAAAAAAAUUAAUUUAAUUUUUAAUAAUCGUCGGAUAUACAUUAGAUUUAAUUGAUAAAAAUAAAAUGCACAUUCUACAAUUUAUUGAUUUUUUUGUAUAUUAAUAGAUACCACUAAAUACGUGGUUAAUUUUAAGUGUGUUAAUAAUAUAAAUAAAUCUUAUUAAUUAAGUUACAAUAAUAUAUUUAUUGUCAUUAAUUUAUUAGCAAUAUAUUUUCCU